UAUUCUCUUCGCGGCUCCGGCCUGGUCGCAAAGGAACAUCUUUCUCUCUCUCUGUGCUGUCUUUCCUUUUCAAUGCAAAUCUAACCAAACUGUAGAGAUAUGGAAAGAAGUUUGUUUCCUACUUCACUCAGGUAUACCGAACACCGUAAACAAACGACGAUGCUGAGGCCUUCACAGCCCCUUGGUCUUACCAGCCGGAGAAAUUCACCGGAAAUGAAUGCCGGAGGUCCUACAGUUGUCCGGAUAUCUGUCACAGAUGCUGACGCAACGGACUCUUCAAGCGACGAAGAGGAGGGAUUUUUCAAGCGCCAUAGAGUGAAGAAAUUCGUUAAUGAGGUCACAAUAAAGCCGUGUUGCGGAGAAAACGGUAACGGUAUCCGCAACGUUGGAGGAGAUAAAAAAGUGAACGGAGUUUGGAGGAGAAAACCGGCGGCGAAUAAUCGCCGGAAAAAGUCUGUCGGCGAAAUAGAAUCCCCGGCUAAUCGGUUGAAAGUAUCCGGCUCAGGCAGGAAGUUUCGAGGCGUACGGCAGCGGCCUUGGGGAAAAUGGGCGGCUGAAAUCAGAGAUCCACUUAGACGUGUACGUCUGUGGUUGGGUACGUACGAGACAGCUGAAGAGGCCGCCAUGGUGUACGAUCACGCGGCUAUUCAGCUGCGUGGACCGGACGCGCUCACUAACUUCGUCACUCCUCCGGCGCGAACAGAAUCAGAAAUCAAGCCGGCGGUCACAUGUGCGGAUUACAAUUCCGGCGAAGAGUCUCAGAGCAAUCUCAACUCUCCAAAGUCUGUUCUCCGAUUUGUCUCUCAAAACGAAGAAACUGAAUCAACGCAAAGUCAGCCACCAAAGGACUCAUCGACGGAACUAUCAGACAAAGUAGAGGACAAUGAAAUCUCCAUAUCGGAAAAAUUUUCCGAUUUCUCGCCAUUAGAAACAAUAUUUCCGACCGAUUUCUUCGAUUUUGAGAACCCGAUGCAGCAGCCGGAUUGGUUUGACGGAAUUGGUGAAUCACAUAACCUGUUUGGAGACGAUUUUGUUGGCGAUAUGUUAAUCGGGUCAAGUAGUGAUUUUGGAUUCGGCUGCUCAACGUGGCCUACCGAUGAUUAUUUUCAAGAUUAUGGUGAUAUAUUCGGGUCGGAUCCUCUUAUAGCUCUUUGA